UGAAAACGAAACUGUAACGCAGGAGGAGUCCGGGCUCCAGUAGAGCUGGUUUUAACUCCCGAAAAUGCGUGGGUUUGGGUCGUUAACAUUUUUUUAUAAAGCGUUUGAAACCCAUCCCGACCCGACCCGCCCACUUCCAGUAACGGAGACGGGGCAGGGGCUGGGGAGGCGAUUGGCACCCACAGGACGGGGGUCAGCCAGUGAACUCCGACAAGCAGCCAGUGUGUAGCCACUUAUUUACAGGGCUUUCUUUUUUUUUUUAACCAUUUCGGCUGGGUGUCGGGACUCGGGAAAAGCACCAGUUAGAAGGAGGCGCGCAGGUUUGGAUCCAUUAUGAAAUUGAAGAUGAGAGGCUUUAGCAAGUGCAAGAAGAGCUGAAGGGAGGAACUUUUAAGGAAGAAAUAAUGAGCUCAAACUCCAAUGCCAAACGAGGUGAAGGGUCACAGACCCCAAAGGUUCAACAGUCUUCACCUGGGCAACUAUAUGGCCAGAUUGGACAAAGCAACCAAUCUGAGAGGGUGCUAACCGCUGAUUCAUCAGUUCACAGUUUCCAAAUCGCAUCCCCAUCUCCUUUACCACAGCAAGUGACUAAGCAUGCCGAUAUAUGUAGUGACUGGGACAGUAUUGAAGGGCUGUAUCAUCGGGAGUUGGAAGAGGUGCGGGCCAGAGCUGCUCAGAUGGAGAAAACCAUGCGCUGGUGGUCAGACUGCACUGCCAACUGGCGAGAGAAAUGGAGUAAGGUGAGGGCAGAAAGAAACAAGGCCCGGGAGGAAGUACGACAGAUGCGGCAGAAACUGGAGUCGGUCAUGAAGGAGUUAGCUGCUAUGAAAAGAGAAAAGCAAGAACUGUUAAAUGAAAAAGAGCAACUGAGAAAGGAAACAAAGGCAGCAGAAACACAGUCGGAGGCGUUAGUCAAUCUGGAGGAAUAUGAGCUCAACACGCUGGAACAGGAACCUGUCAAAGAUGUCAAAAAUAAUAAAAAUCCGCCAUCCCCAAACAAAUUCACUGGCUCGCCAAAGAAGGAUAUCGAUAUAAUUGAAAAUAUACUGAGAGAUAAGCAGAAUGGAGGGGGACAAAGUCUGGAGUCUUCCGCCAUUUUGAGUUUGUGUAAUUCUACCACCCCUUCUGAAAGAUCCAAGCAUCGUCUGGAAGAUACAAUGCCACCAUUUGAAGAUGACUCCAUGAAAACCAUGGCUCUACAACUUCGGCUGGAUGAGUCACAGAAAAUACUUCAGAAGGAAAGAGAGGAUAAAGCAACUCUUAGAAGGCAGAUUGAAAAACUGGAAGCAGAUUUAUCGCAGUGGAAGAUCAAAUACGAAGACCUGAGCAAGUCGAAGCAAGAAAUCCUUAAACAGUUGACCCUCCUCCGUGAUGCGCAUCAGAAUGAGCUUGGAAGAAUCUCUGAAGAUCUGGAAGAUGAAGUUGGAGCAAGAUCUAAUAUGGACAGGAAAUUGGCUGAUCUUCGUGCUGAGUUGGAAAGACUCCAGGCUGAGAACACUGCUGAAUGGGGGAAAAGAGAACGGCUGGAGACCGAGAAGCUGGGGCUGGAGAGGGAGAACAAAAAAUUUAAAGCACAAAUUGAUGAGCUGGAGAAGCUGCUGGCAAAGAGGAGCCAACAAACAACAAAUUUAAAUGAUUCUGACUUCAAAGCAAUGCAAUGCGAGCUAUUUGACAAAAAUAAGGAACUGUCUGACCUUCGACAUGCCCUUAAUAAACUGAAGAAGCAAUACCAAGAUAAGAUGGCUGAGCUUACUCAUUCCAAUAGAAGAGUUGAACAGCAUGAAUCUGAGGUGAAGAAGUUGAGGAUGCGUGUGGAGGAACUGAAGAAGGAACUAGCACAAACAGAAGAUGAGUUGGACGAGUCACUGAACCAGAUCAGGAAACUGCAGCGUUCCUUGGACGAACAGACAGAACUGAAUGACAAUCUUCAAGUCCAGUUUGAUCACUUGCAGACAAGGUUAAGAAGACAGCAGACAAGCUCCCUGUUUGGGAUGAAGCGAAGCUCAGUGUACAGUCCUGAUGACUCUGCAGAAGCAAUAAGUGAAGAAGAUGACCUGGAACUCGAAGUGAAAUAAGAUGACAGUUCGAGUGUAACCUCUGUGAAAACAGGGAAACUGGUAUCAGAGCGAAAAUGAAUGACUCCUCUCCUGGGUCAAAUAUCAAACAAACGACAUCCGUCAAGAGAGAAUAAAAUGAAAUGGCAAAACAUUUGAGAUAAAUUAAAUCAAAGCUCCUAGAUCCUUUGGAGAUUUACUUUUCAGCAGUAUGAAAUAACAAUUGUUCAAAACAUUGAAUUUAAAAAAAAUCACUGUA